UCCAGACCCUUUUCUUUCUCUUCUCCAUAUUUUGCAUAUAAUUAUACAUAUAAUUAUUUAUUUGUCAACAAGCUAACACUUUUAUUCAUAACCAUGUUGGCUAAACAAACGGACAAACCCCCUGCUAACAGUAAAACCGGUGAUGACACCAAUAAUAAGCUUUCUUCUUUUGGCGCUACUAAAAACAGCAAAUUCAUAAAAACAGACAAGAAAAUCCCUGUUAUUGUUUGCAGCAGCACAGAUAGAACUGUCUAUGUCAACCCCAAAGACGAGAAAAGCAAUAGGUUGAUUACCAAAACUAGGGGAAAACAGAGCCUUGACACUGAGGAAAGAUCUGCUGCCAACAAUAAAAAAGGUAAAAAAACUGCUCUUGCUGGCUCAGAAAUCAACAAAAAACAAGCUCGUACCAUCAACUCGAUGCAAAGAGCUCGUAUAGAUACCCCCAAACAAAAAAAAAGCGAUGACAGCGGUUCCAAAAUUAUAAAAAGUACUUUUGCUAGUACAAAAAUGGAAGACGAUAUUCGGGCAGAUACAAGUACCCUUGAAAACGAUUUAAUAGAUUGUGAAGUAUUCAAGAAUAACUUUAUUAGUGAUAAGCCUAUAGCCAAGGUAAGGAUUUCAAAUAAAAAAACAGUUGGGCAAUUACAUGAGAAUAUUGCUAGUAUAGAUAAAUCUACACAUAUAGAAAUACUCAGUGGUUUUACAGAGAUUCAAGAUGCUGGUACGUUUCUUUACAAUUUGACUGACAUCAAAGUGGUUAUCCAUUAUCCAGUUAUUAAUUUGAAAAAAUUAAAUCCAUUUAGUAAAAAAAACAAAACCCCGAUGGAUGAUUUAAUAAAAGCAAAAUUGUAAUGAUGGUUCAGACCAACGAGUCCGGUAAAUUUUUAUUCAAGCUAAAACUAGAGAAAGCUCAUUGAGCAUUCCCAUGUGCCUUUUUAUAAGAAAU